AUGGAGAGCACAGAAGCGCCGACGCUCGAAGACACGGAUACGGAGGCCACGAUAGAAAUAACAGAAAAAGUCAAUACAAUUAUCCAGACUGAAUCCCAGCAAUCGCAAACGAUUAUCAUCUACAGUUGCUCUAGUUUAACUUGCUUGAAAAAUAACUCCCUUUUUGACAGGGAUGGAGUUCUAAUAGACUCUAAAACCUAUGGCUCGUGGAGGGAAGUCUGCGGGGAACUCUAUCUCUUUGGAAAAUCGAUUGUCACUUGGGAGGAAAACGUGAAGAGGUGCUGCAGCAUUGGAAUGAAACCAAUAGCGUUCGAAACCUUUGACCAAUUUAACUGCCUUAAAAAACUAACCACGCAGGAAGUGUGGAAGUACAGCUCCAACUACUGGACAGCCGCACGUCAAGUGUGGUCGAAUGAUUUGUUUCAGUGGUGUUCGCACAGCCCACCUGACACCUUCGCCAACCUCACGUCGAUGUGGGCCAAAGGGUUUCCAGACAACGCGAAUAGCAAGUAUUGUGUCCAUCUGUCCGUCCCAAAAACCGAGCUGACAGAAAAGAACUGCUCAUUCAAGUUUAUUUUUUCGUGCAAAGGAUCCCCCACGCCUGCACCACGUUGCUUCACUCCACUCUGCCCUAAAGAUGCUUGCAUCAAAAAUGAUGCUUUAUAUUCGCCUGGACUGGACAAUGUGACCAAGUUCCUAACAAGGCCUACGCAGUACGGACUUUGGAAGAGCAUGAAUUACCGCGUAUACAUGUUCAGCAAAGAUAGUAAAACGUGGAAUGAAGCGGCAAAGACCUGCUGCUCAAUUGGAAUGAAGCUCUUGAGUCUAGACGCAGAUUUUAAAUACACUGUCCUAUCUCAAGUCUUAGGUGAAGAUAGCGCUUCUCUCUCAGCGAAAUUUUGGACGUCGGGCACAGACAACGGCUGUCCCGGAGCAUUUGGGUGGUGCGCCUCCAACAGACUGGUCAGAGCGCCGAUUUGGGCUCCAGGAGAUCCUCGGAUCGGCAAUUAUUGCGUUAUUGCUGACGUCACGAGCUCCAGCACCUCGCUCAUGACAUUGGAUUGCGGUGCGACUCUGCGAUUCAUUUGCGAAACAAGGGACACGAGCAACUCCACGUCUGGAGGAGAUGCAAUUAAGGACGAGUGUGCCUCCAAUUUUAACAUUUCUAUCGCCGAGCAGGACAAGAUAUUCAACAGCACUUCCUUCAACGCAAAAAUAAAGUGUUUCUUGAGAUGUUUGGGCGAGUUUGGAGGAAUGGUUGUGAAUGGCCGCAUCGUGGAUGAGCAACUAAUUAAAAUGGCCGAGGCCUUGUCAAAGAAUGAUGAGGCGAAAUUAAUGAAGAAUUUGGAAGCUGUGGACGAGUGCUCCAAUUUAAAGGGAAUGGAUGAGUGCGACACGAUAGCCAGCGCCUAUCAGUGCGGACAGGAAAAAGCACCGGAUUUAAUUGCGAACGCGAUCAAAGCGGUGGAGCUGAACAGCACAGGGGAAAGUUCACCUCUGCAACCAAUUUUGGGUCAAUGCAUCACUGAUUUCGAUUGCACAAUAGACGUAAUAACCGAUAUAUAA